AUGUUUUUGUCGUACAAAUAUGCAACAUACAUCAUUGCCAUUGGAAUUUUUUUCGUAUUAUCAUCAAUUUGUAGUUUUGGAUUUAAAUGUCAAACAAUAUUUUUAAAUAUUCCACAUUAUAAAAGUUUAUCACUUUCACUUGGUUUUGAAUGUUUUAGUUUAUUUUUUGCUGGAGAAGCUUUAGCAUAUUUAUCUGCUGAAUUUAUUGUACAUUAUGUAGGAUAUCGAAUUGUUUUAAAAUUUGCAGGAUUCUUUGUUUGUAUAUUUUUUUUAAUAACAUUAAGUGGAAAUAUCUUUUUAAUUAGAAUUGGAGCAUUAAUUGUUGGAGUUGCUGUUGGUAACAUAUGGACUUCAAUAACAUCUUUUUUAAAAUAUUCAAGAUCUAAUCCAUGGAAUGAAUUUAGUAAAAAAGUUUUUGCAUUUCUACCAUUUUUUGUAGUAGUUUUGUUUCCAAUGCUAGGAAUUACAACCUCAUUACCAAGCAGUCUUCCAGUACUUUUUAAUUCACCUCCACCUAAAAAUGUGGAAAGUAAAUUUUCACCCCAAUUAUUUGAACAUUUAAAAGAUGUUGUUAGUGCAAAAAUUUUUUAUGAACAUUUAUUAGAAUAUUUAAUUUUUUCUUUAUUAGGUACAUUUUUAUUAUGUGUACAACCAAGACUUUGGAAAAUUGUUGGAAUGAAAAUAAAUAGUGAAAAAAAUUUACAAUUAACACUUGUUGAUUAUAACAAUGAAAAGGAUAGUUUUUCAAAGUCAAUAAAUGAGCUAUAUAAAAAAAAACGAAAAAUUAUUAUUAAAUCAUGGAAAAGUGAUAUUAGAUCAAUACCCUUUAUUAUUUGUAACCGAUUUAUGAUUAUUGGUUAUUUUCCACUUCUUUAUAUAGGGGCUAUGACAGCAUAUGUUGGACCAUUAAUGACUUCAGGAAUUAAUUAUGGAGACAUUGAAAGAGAUUUAAGUACACAAACUGGUUAUUUAACAAUUUUAACAAUAUUUAUUUGUAUUGGUAGAGGAGUAACACAUUUUUGGUCUACUUUCAAUGAGAAGGAAAGAUAUGCUAAAAAUAGAAAAGGAAAAUUAUAUACUUUAUUAUUAACAUUAGUAAGCUUAUUAAUUAUCUCAUUUGCGGAUAUAUUUUUACCACGUGGUCAAGUUGAUUUGUUAUAUGGUAUUGUUAGGCACAAAUUUAGUUUUGCAACAAAAUUUUUAAUACUUCUUCGUUUACUUGGUAUUUCAUUUUUAUCAAUGGCAAGUGCAUUCUCAGAGUACUAUAUUUAUGGAUAUUUUGAAAUUCUUGGACAAGAAUUUGGAAGUAAAGUCAUGUAUAUUGUUAGAAUAAUACAUUGUAUAGCUACAAUGUCUUUUGUUUUAAUAUUUCAAAAUAUUCCAAUACAUAUAUUUCCUUUAGUAAUGUCAAUUUUUAUCUUAAUAACAGCAAUUAAUUUUUCAAAAGCUGAAAAAUAUUUAAUCAAAAGUAUUUUUAUCACUCAAGGAGUCAGUCAAACAACGAUAACAAAAAAUAAAAGUUAA